UGUGGUAUAGAUAGCGUCGCGUCGCGCCCGGAGGGUGUACGUGAAGAUGCAGUACUAUUGUAUACUUUAUUUACAUUGUGGUUUUGACAUUUAGUGAGUGUUCUAGCAUUUGGACCUACUUCACUUGUGUUCACCAAACAGGAUAUCGUUUUAAGAUGCUGAUAAGAAGUCUGAGAUCAGCUCUAACCCAUGCAAGAGGAUCAAGUGACUAAAAUGUUGCUAGUGUACUUUGUGACAAAGAUGAAAGUGUUAAAAUAUCCAGUGUAGAGAGGCCAGUGUCGGUGGGCCAAAGUGCCACAUUGUUGCGUGCCAGUGCGCCAAGUGCCAAUGUACACAGUGCCAAAGUGCCAUAGUGCCAGAAUGUGUUAGUGACGUAGGUUAGGUAUGACGUGUACAAGACCUCUUUAUUUCGCCUUCUUUUUCCUGCUCUGCAUUCCUAAUUUGGGUAACUCCAAGCACACUGCCAUGACGUCACUGGUGAGGAGACAAGCUGGUGAUGGGGAGGAGGUAGACGAGGUGGAAGAUCCCACCAACCCCUGCUGGAAGUUCUCCGUUGGAUAUCCAAGUCUUAUGGAGUUCUACUCCCCUAACUACCCUGACAACUACCCCAGCAAGAUAGACUGCCUAAAGAUCAUUGAAGCUCCAGAAGGAAAGAUCAUCAGGAUGGACUUCCGUGACCAGUUCAUGAUGGAGUCAGACCCCGACUGCAAGUUUGACUCUCUCGAGGUUCGUGACGGCCUCCACGGCUACAGCUACCUGAUAGGCUCCUACUGCGGGAAUACGUUCCCCGACAUGAUCACCAGCUCCGACCGAUACUUGUGGCUGCGGUUCGUGUCGGACGACAGCAUAGAGUACUCGGGCUUCAAGGCAGUCUACACCUUCAUAGACAAACCUAUAACGGACCAAAGCAUGCAUAAGAUGGAGCCCUGCUUGUUCUUCAAGAACGGCUCGGAAGGUUGGGUGAACAAGACUGAUAUCAGCAACGAAACCUUGGUUCAGCACCAGAUGUACAAUGAGAAGCUUGACUGCAUGUUCAUCAUCAGCGUCAAGCCGGGCUGGAAUUUGCAGCUACAGUUUAUCCACUACAAGAUGGACAAGCCAAAUGAAUGCGACUCCAACUACAUCGAAGUGUUUCCCAACGUCACUUUACUCCCUGCCAGAGUCAGCCAGUUCUGCGGGUCCAUUGCUAAGACCACCAUAGUCAUGAGUAAUGUCUCCCAUAUCCGAUUCGUCGCGGAACCAAAGGCUUUCAACUCCUCCUUCGCCAUCUUGUGGACAGCCUUCCGCCAGAUCAAAAAAGACGAGCAAUGUGCCGAGGACGAGUUUGAUUGUGAAGAUCUUACGUGCAUUCCUAUAGAACUCAAGUGCAAUGAAAAUGAAAACUGUAGAUAUAGAGGGGAUGAGGACAAGGAAGAAGUUUGUAUUGAACACGUAAGUGUGUUGGGGAAGCUGUUUGCAGAGACGCAUAUGAUUGCUAUUGUGGCUUUGUUUUUCAUCAUCCUUACUGGGAUGUGCUCCACCUUCAUCUACAACUGCAGCAAAAAACUCAUCAGGGACCACCACAUUAUAAAGCAACAAAUGGCCGAGUCCAGAGCUUCUCGUCUGAACGAGCUAGGAAUGGGCAAACCACCUGUUUCCAGCGUGACGGUGCUACCAACCUCCCACAGUCACAGUACAGACAGCAGCGUCAUCUCACAACGUGCUGAAUGUUACGUGCCGGACACGGAGCUGUUGCCUAUACUGCGGAACUCGGGCAGUCUGGACCUACACUUCCCUGAAAUGCGGGACUCGGAGUGCCAAACCAGGGAGAGUCUGUUCCACAUGGCCAGCUUCACUCCUAACAGUUCUGGGGGAGACUCGUUCACUCCACCACCUCCUCCACCACCACCGACGUCCAGGCCUCCUAGGUCAACUCCCAGAUCGACUGCAAGUCCAGGGUUCACCACGUUCGGGAAAACAAAACAAAAGACCAGCGCAGAGCCUCGAUUUCGAGCAGAGGCGGUCAUUGAAUUAAGCAAACGGACGGACAGCGCAAAGAGCAGUGAUCGCCCCUUCAGCGUUCAGUCUACAAAGUCAGCUCCUGACGUCAUCGUUACCCACUGACCCCUUCACAAAAGUCAUCAUAACCAUCAUCAGAACAACAAACUCAUCAUCAGUCUUAAUGUUAAGUGUACUCGGGAUAUCGUUUAUAUAGCUAAUUUAUUGUGUAAUUGUUUUCUAAAUUUAUUUUUUACCAUGUUCAAUUGUAUGUUUUAUAAUUUAACCUUAUUUCCUUUUAAUCGUUCUUUUAGCUCAAACCAAAUAUUUUACAGCAAUAUUUUGUUUUAACAAAGACGCACAAGGUUGAAAAUGCAUCUGCGACAUCCACGAUUGUAAUGUGGACCUUUUGCUUAUUCUACCCCAGUUUCAUUCAAAGACAUUGCUCCCAUUUGUCAACAACGUGUUUUUACUGUAAAAGGAACUAUAUAUACGGAAGUUAUUUUGUAAGAGAUGUAAAAAUAUAUUUUUAAGAAACUCGUAUG